AUGUGGCGCCUCUUGCUUCUCUUCCAGCUCCUCCUCAGCUCCACCUCGGCAAACGGGCAAAUCCAGCCCAGAAUCGUGGGUGGCACCACCACCACCCUCUCCUCCGUGGGUGGCUUCAUGGUGAACCUGCGCUACGACGGAACCUUCUACUGCGGCGGCUCCCUGGUGAGCAGUCGGCACGUGGUCACAGCGGCGCACUGCGUCAGUGGCAGGUCUGCAGGGCGGAUUACCGUCCAGGGCGGAGUGAGCAAGCUCAGCCAGACGGGCGUCGUGAGGGGCGUGGCCAAGUACUUCGUGCCGAACGGCUACAGUAGCUCCAGCCUCAACUGGGACGUGGCCGUCAUCCGGCUGCAGAGCGCCCUGACGGGCAGUGGGAUCAGCACUAUAUCCCUGUGCCAGGUGCAGUGGAAGGCCGGCGACUACAUGCGCGUCUCCGGCUGGGGCACCACCCGCUACGGCAACUCCAGUCCCUCCAACCAGCUGCGCACCGUGCGCAUCAAGCUGAUCCGGAAGAAGCAGUGCCAGAAGGCCUACCAGAACCAGGACACCCUGACCUCCUCCAGCUUCUGCGCCAGCUCCGGGGGCAAGGACAGCUGCUCCGGCGACUCGGGUGGCGGGGCGAUCUUCAACAACCAGCUCUGCGGCAUUGUGUCCUGGGGAUUGGGCUGCGCCAAAAAAGGCUAUCCCGGCGUCUACACCAGCGUCAAUCGGGUACGCAGCUUCAUCGUCGGCGCCAUGAAGAAGUGA